UCAGCGGAGAUAGCAACGAGCAGGCACUUUCUUCCAGCUUAAGCUAACUCGCUUUCGGCUUUUGGUUCGAGAUGGAGUCUUCUCGCAAAUCCACCCGCAAGAACUUUAAAAGUGGUCUGUCCCUGUGGCUGAUCCUUUGGCUGGUGGCGGUGAAGCCCAGCGGUGCCACGCCCUGCCCCCGGCUGUGCGUCUGCUACCCCACCCCCAUGACGGUCAGCUGCCAGUCACAGAACUUCACGGCGGUGCCGUCCGGCGUGCCGUACGACUCCCAGCGCGUCUUCCUGCAGAACAACCGCAUCACCGAGCUCCGCGCCGACUCCUUUGGCUUCGAGACGCAGGUGCUGUGGCUGUACGGCAACAACAUCACCUGGAUCGAGGCGGGGGCCUUCAGUAACCUGCGUGUGCUGGAGGAGCUGGACCUGGGGGACAACCCCUCCCUGCGGAUCCUGGAGGGAGGGGCCUUCAGGGGCCUGGAGAAGCUGCAGAGCCUGCACAUGCACCGCUGCAAGCUGGCCACGCUCGCCCACGACCUCUUCCACAAGCUGUACAGCCUGCAGUUCCUCUACCUGCAGGAGAACCAGCUCCACUUCCUGCAGGACGACCUCUUCUCCGACCUGGUCAACCUCACGCACCUCUUCCUCCACGGCAACCGCAUCCGCACGCUGUCAGAGAACGUGUUCCGCGGCCUGGUCAACCUGGACCGCCUGCUCAUCCACGACAACCGCGUGCGGCAGGUCAACCGGCGCGCCUUCCGCGACCUGGGCCGCCUCACCAUCCUGUACCUGUUCAACAACUCCCUGGCCGAGCUUCCCGGCCAGGCCAUGCGGGACGCCCAGGGCGUCCAGUUCCUGCGGCUCAACGACAACCCCUGGUCGUGCGGCUGCGAGGCGCAGUCCCUGUGGGAGUGGUUCCGCGAGGCGCGCAUCUCCUCCUCCGACGUGCUGUGCAGCUCUCCCACCGCCCGACGCGGCCAGGACCUGCGCUUCCUCCGCGAGAUGGACUUCGCCACCUGCCCCAUGCCCGACCCGGGCUCCCUGUCCGGGAGCACCACCACCACCUUCAGCUCCAAGACCCGCUGGUGGUUCGCCAAGAACAAGCCCGCCGCCUCGUCCAAGUCCACCUACCAGAAGAGCGCCGAGACGGUCAAGACCUUCCCCCUCUCGUCCAGCAAGAACAAGCUGUCCACCACCUCGGUCAGCAGCAAGUACGAGCUGUCGGACGACGAGGUGGCCCUGCCCAAGCUGGACCAGGAGGAGUACUGGGCCAACUACGGCAGCGAAGACGCCUCCGUCCGCUGCUUCGAGCUCGAGUGCCCCCCUGGCUACGACGGCGACGCCUUUGACUCCGCCUCCUUCCUCAGCACACGCUCCCUGGCCUCCCUGCUGUGUGUCUCCGUGGUAACCCUCUCCCUCCCUCUCCUCUUCGGCUGA